GACCGAACCUCCACAUGUGCGCCCUCGUAAGUUUGACCGAAGGAGGGAAUUACUGAAAAAUUUCAUUUUCCUUACAGGCUCAAUCAGCUAGUCUGAUGUACUAUUCCCUUAGCAGAAACUGUAUUUAUAGUAGCAGUUUGUAACUGUAUGUACACAUUUCAUGAUCAUCCCAAAUUCUUGGCAGAAACUGCGUUAGACUAACCUCAGCUUCGAUCCUUUUCACCCCUUAGAAAAGAAACCCAUGAGCAAUACGCUUAACAAUUACUUCCAUAGAGAGACUGAAACUUCAGCAGCUUCAUUUGCUGAAGAAGGCCACCCUCCAUUUCAGACAGAAGUCGAGCUCAAUCGUUCCACGCCAUCCACGAUGGCUAAAAGGCUUUACCACAACGCUAGCGAGCGUGAUCGUCGCAAGAAGAUCAAUACUUUGUACUCUACUCUUCGUUCACUACUUCCCAAGGCUGAUCAAGCGGAAAAAUUAAGCGUUCCAGAUACAGUUUCGUGCAUGCUUAAAUACAUACCAGAACUAGAACAGCAAGUUGAGGUACUAAUUCAAAAGAAGGAAGAGCUCAUAUCAAGGAUUUCUACGCAAGGUGAACAAAUUCAUCAAGAAAAUCAGAGAACAAUUGUAGGUCGGAGCUCUUUAUCUGCUGUUUCGGCAAACUGGCUUAAUGAUAACGAGGUUAUGAUUCAAAUAUCCAUAUAUAAGGUUCAUAAAAGUCCAUUAGCAGAUAUCUUGCUUAAUUUGGAGAAAGAUGGGUUUCUAGUGUUAAAUGCUUCUUCGUUUGAGUGCUUUGGAGGAAGGAUUUUUCAUAAUUUACACCUCCAGACAGAAAGGAGUUAUGCUUUGGAGCGUGAGCGUGAGGUGGUUUUGAGUGAGAAGCUCUUAUCAUUUUAUGAGAAGGAGGAAGGAUUCAAGCAAGAAAAUCAUGGCCCUAUAUAUUUCAACGCGACAAGUUGUAUUGUUCCACGUAUGCAAAGUGACCAUUAUAUAGGCGAAAGCACUUACGUGUGCGCAUCGUUGUAAAACAGAAAAUAAAAUAACAUAUAACGAAAAAGCACUAACGUGUGCCCUUCUCGAUACCUAUGAUUGUUAAAAGGUAAUGUAAUCAUAGAGUAAUAUUUAUAUAUUGGGUAGGAUGUUAAUGUAA